CACACAACUCCUUUCCCCCCAUACAAACUCGCCUCACAAACUCUUUCAUCUUUGCUAAUCCCCUAAAGUCUUCUUGUUGCAAUCGCUUCUAAAGUACCCCUGUUGUCACAUCUUUAGUAUCAUAAUGCCCCGGACUGAGCGUAUUCCCCAGCCUGCCCAAGCUGCCCAGAAGAAGAAGGAUCCUAAUGCCCCUAAACGUGGUCUCUCUGCCUAUAUGUUCUUCGCGAACGAACAGCGUGAAAAUGUUAGGAAUGACAAUCCUGGAAUUGCAUUUGGUCAGGUUGGCAAAGUCCUAGGUGAACGCUGGAAGGCUUUGUCCGAAAAACAGCGCCAGCCCUACGAAGCCAAAGCGGCCGCGGACAAGAAACGAUAUGAAGAUGAAAAGGCAGCCUACAACGCACAGGGAGGCCCCGAGGAGGAGGAGGACGACGAAUAGUGACUUGGUUCUUUAUUUUAGUUCUCUUGACAUCCGUUCACCCGUUUUCAGUUCAUGGAAUAACCGUGCUUCUCUUUGCCUACACAAUACCAAAAGCAAAAAAACAAAACUCAACCGUCCCGAUCCCUUUCUUGAGAUGAUAUCCCAAUAUCAACAUUUGUUGUGGCCGUAGAAGUGGGGUUUUUUCUAUCUUGUGUGCACAUGCUGGCUUCGGUGUGUCUGGUGGGUUCCUUCCAUGUCUCUUAAUGAAUGUAUGUGGCGAUUGAGACGAAAGGGUCUUUUUGUUGAGUUGGGCAACUCGAUGAAUUGUUCUGUAUUUUAGUCCCCAGUCUUCUUAUCACAUCUUAUUUCUCCCUAA